CCCUCCCCCCGAGGCGGUGGCGCCGGUCAGUCACGUGACGCGGAGAGGGCUCGCCGGGUGAGGGGGCGUGGCCUACACACUAAUCACGUGGCCGGAGAGGCACCGAGGGGGCGGGGCCGACGCCUCGUGUCUCCACGGUGACCGGCCGGCGGGCGCGCGGCGGCGCGGUGACGUCGCGCUCGUGACGCGCCUGCGUCAUCACCGCGAGCGCCGGCGGCGGCGGAGGGGGGAGAGAUCCGGGUCAGGCCGGGGCCGCCGCGCUCCGCUCCGGUUCCCGGCUUCCCGCCGGGCCGAGCGGGGCCGAGCUGAGCUGAAGAGAGGCGGGCACCGGCGAUACAACCGGCGGGGCGAGCGCGGGGGCCGCACGCCGACCCCCGCCGCGGCGCUCCAGGGAUCCGGAAGCGGCGGGCGGCCGUCGGGGAUGUCCUACAAGCCCAUCGCUCCCGCCCCCGCUACCCCCGGAGCCGCCAGCGCCAGCCCCGCCCCGCCGGGGCCCGGGGCACCGUCCUUUCCCGCAGCCACGAGUGUCCCGUCGCCCUCCGGUUCCGUCCCUGGCGCCGCCGCCCCUUUCCGGCCGCUCUUCAAUGACUUCGGGCCGCCGUCCAUGGGCUACGUGCAGGCCAUGAAGCCCCCCGGGGCGCAGGGCUCGCAGAGCACCUACACGGACCUGCUCUCGGUCAUCGAGGAGAUGGGGAAGGAGAUCCGGCCCACCUACGCCGGCAGCAAGAGCGCCAUGGAGCGGCUGAAGCGGGGGAUCAUCCACGCCCGGGCGCUGGUCAGGGAGUGCCUGGCAGAGACAGAGCGAAACGCCCGCACGUAACGGCAGCUGCCACCCGGGACCCCCCGGGACCUCCCGGUGGUGGCGGCGGGGGCGGGGGGGCCGCCGUGCUGCCCGAGCCCCCCCUCCCCGCGCUCUCCGCUCUUUAUAAAUGCGUGUUUUUAUAAAUAAAGGACAAUGUUGGGACUUGGCCUCGGUGUGUCCCCACGGGGGUGGGUCCCGAUGGUGAUGGUGGGACGCGGGGUAGAGGUGGGGCAGUCGUGGGGAGGGUUUGGAGCCGCGCUGCGUAGGUGUUCCGGAGCUGAGAGGUGCGGGAGUGGUCAAACCACUCGCUGAACACUUUAAAAAGUGGCUUUUUAAA